CGGGCGCAGCGCACUCCCCGCCGGCCGCAGCCAGACACGCCGCGCGGUCCCCCAGUCUCCCGCGGUCGCCUCCCCCAGGCAUGGCACAGGGCCUCGCCUCACUAUGGCAGCAGCACGGCACAGCACGCUCGACUUCAUGCUCGGCGCCAAAGCUGAUGGUGAAACCAUUCUAAAAGGCCUCCAGUCCAUUUUCCAGGAGCAAGGGAUGACGGAAUCGGUGUAUACCUGGCAGGAUCAUGGCUAUUUAGCAACCUACACGAACAAAAAUGGAAGCUUCGCCAACUUGAGAAUUUAUCCACAUGGAUUGGUGUUGCUGGACCUCCAGAGUUAUGACAGUGACAUACAAAGCAAAGAAGAGACUGACAGUCUUUUGAACAAAAUAGAAGAAAAAAUGAAAGAACUGAAUCAGGACAGUGCUGGGCGGGUGAAGCGUUUACCACCCAUUGUUCGAGGAGGGGCCAUUGACAGAUACUGGCCCACUGCUGAUGGGCGCCUGGUUGAGUAUGACAUCGAUGAAGUGGUGUAUGAUGAAGAUUCCCCUUAUCAGAACAUUAAAAUUCUACACUCCAAGCAAUUUGGAAAUAUUCUCAUUCUCAGUGGGGAUGUUAAUUUGGCAGAGAGUGACCUGGCAUAUACUCGGGCCAUCAUGGGCAGCGGGAAAGAAGAUUAUACCGGCAAAGAUGUCCUGAUUCUGGGAGGUGGAGAUGGGGGCAUAUUAUGUGAAAUAGUCAAACUGAAACCAAAGAUGGUCACUAUGGUAGAAAUUGACCAAAUGGUGAUUGAUGGAUGUAAGAAAUACAUGCGAAGAACAUGUGGUGACGUCUUAGACAAUCUAAAAGGAGACUGCUAUCAGGUCCUCAUAGAAGACUGCAUUCCAGUACUGAAGAGGUACGCCAAAGAAGGGAGAGAGUUUGAUUAUGUGAUUAAUGAUUUGACCGCUGUCCCAAUUUCUACAUCUCCAGAAGAAGAUUCCACAUGGGAGUUUCUCAGACUGAUUCUUGACCUUUCAAUGAAAGUAUUGAAACAGGAUGGAAAAUAUUUUACACAGGGGAACUGUGUUAAUUUGACGGAAGCCCUAUCACUUUAUGAAGAACAGCUUGGGCGCCUGUAUUGUCCUGUGGAAUUUUCAAAGGAGAUUGUCUGUGUCCCUUCAUAUUUGGAAUUGUGGGUAUUUUACACUGUCUGGAAGAAAGCUAAGCCCUGAAGAUGAGCGUCCCCUAAUCACCUGUGCUGCGAGCAGCCUUUCUGACCGCCUUACGCUGUACAUGCCAUCAAGACGAGUCAGGCAACUGAUUGUGAAUUCCUUCAAGUUUUUCUUUCUUUUUUAAUUAUUAUUUUUAAUUUAAAAAAGCCAAUGGAAAAUGUAUAUUUUGAUGAACUAGGGUGUUAAUUUUUUGAAAGUCAGCUGAAGGACAAUUAGACAGCACAGCAAAGACUAUGAAAUGCACUGACCCGCCCCCCCCCCCAGAAUGUGAUUUUUAUUACUUUUUAUUUCUGUGUGGGUUUU